AUGGGGCUCUACGCCGUGUGCCCGCCGCCAGCACCCGGGCUGUGCGUGGCUCACUUCUGCGGCCCCCAGGGCCUUGGCGUCACAGGCUGGGAGCUGGCUUACUUCCCAGGCCUCUGGGGCCCUUCAGACGGCACCUCAUCCGAGGACCUUCAGGAUACUGAGAGACAUCAAAAGAGGGUCCGAACCAUGUUUAACGUGGAGCAGCUGGAAGAGUUGGAGAAGACGUUUGCCAAACAGCACAAUCUGGUGGGGCAGAAGAGAGCACAACUGGCAGCCCAGCUCAACCUGACAGAGAACCAGGUGAGGGUCUGGUUCCAAAAUCGCAGAGUCAAGUAUCAGAAGCAGCAAAAGCUCAACACGCCGGCCAUGUCUGCUGUGGCUGCCUCCCCGGACGAGCCCUCCAGCAGUUCCGACACCAGAAUCCACAGUGAAGACGCUGAGCCAGGUGUGGACGGCUGACUGGGACAGCCCCGCCACUCGGGCUGUCUGGGCUAGCUCUUCCUGAGGAUACCCACUGGACCUCCCUGCCCACAUCUCAAUGAAGAGCAUCACCAAGGCCAAAGGGCAGGGGAACAGAACUGUCAAGCAGGCCCCCAAAACCCUUUUUUAGUUGACCCUUUGGAGUUUGGAAUAAUGUAAAUGGGCAGUCAUAGACUUUGGCCUUCAGCUAUGUCCUUGGCCAAAUUACUGAAAUUCUGAGCAUUUUUCUCCUGCUGUAUAUUGAUAACAGGCCUUUCAGAGCUGAGACGAUGUCUGGAAAGCACUUCCAGUGUCCCAGGCCCAGUGCUAAGUAACCGUGAAGGCUUACAGACCCCCCUCAUCUGGGGGGAGUAGUCCCUGUCCCCACCCUGCUUCCCAGGGGUUAAUCUUUUCCUGGCCUGGCUGAGGAGAAGAGGUCUCCCUGGAUCAGUGCCUGGACAGAGAAGAAUCUUCCCCACCAGAGUUGGUGGAGGUGAGAGCAAAGAGGAAGAGAAGUAGACCGUUUUGGCCACCUCUCCUUGUCCUUUCCCAGUUUUCUUGUUUGGUCUGAACUUCUACAACCUCAGAGGCCCAGCUGCCUCCUCAGAGCAACAUCCUACACUAACCACCGCCUUGCCUCCAGCUCCCCUCUCCAACUCCACCUCUUGA